AUGUCGGCUCUCACUGCACUUUCGGCCUGUGUGGUCCCAGCACCGCUUUCAGCCAGGGUGCUUGUCAAAGAUGUCCUCGCGCAAUUAGGCGUUCCGAAGGACGACUCUCGCAACCUCACUUUCCAUCUAGAGGGCGAAAAGUGCCGCGAUGCUCGUCCGAUCGAGCAGCUUAAUCGUGAUAACGGUGGGCUGCAGUAUGCUGAGGAUUACAUCUUGUUCCAUCGACCAGCUAAAUGUGCUUUCACGAGGCGCGUGGAAGACAAGCGUGAAGAGAAGACAGCCGACGUUCAAGCCACCAUUCACAUCCAAGCCGAUGAAGAAGAUAUCGACACCAUCCGAGACAUCACAGUCCCUGCCAUGGCACAGCCAGGUGCACUUCGUCACUUCAUCCAGAAGCUCCUGACGACAUGGGCCGAGGAAACGAAAACACACCAACCUUUGGUAAGGGCAUUGAUCAAGGAUCGCAAGAAGCCCUUGUGGUACAGCACGGCCUUGCGUACGCCACUUUUUGGGGACGACCAAUGGGUCAAUGCCGAUGCCACACAGUAUCAACUCAAUAUCGACACACUAUCAGAUAUGUUCAACGAUCCUCUGAGUUCGAACAACAAGAUCGAAAUCUUGGCAGCUCUGGUGAUGAAACAAUACAUCGACAAAGACUUUCGUAGGAAGCCCAAAGGUACGAGUAGCGUCGUGGAGCCUGUGCUCAUAACGAUACCGUACGAUUUCGAACGGGUCGGUACAUCCAAGAGAACAGCAACUCCAUCGACUGUGGCUGGUGGCAUUAGCUACAUCGAGCCUCUAGUCGCAUACCGCUUCCAGGACUCCAGUGGCGAGUUCAAAUAUGGUAGUGGGCCAGCAUAUGAGUUUGGCGACUUUUGCAUCGGGGACUGCAACGACAAUACGACAUACCUCGAUAUGGAUGCUGCCGCCUUGAACGCUUUCAAGUUCCUCCCUCCAUACGACAAAGACUCGUCCUGGAAGAAGCUUCAAGCACCAUUGAAGGAAGAAUUCCAGAAACGACCCUCUGUGACUCCUGUGGGCAGCAGCGUCCCAAUCAUGCCCCCCUACAGCUUCAACAACCUUACGCCUCUUCCAAAGCAGAUCAAGAUUGCGGUAUACUGCGCUGACAAUAUCACCGAGCGAGGCAUGACCUUGCCCAAGGAUAUUCGCUUCUCGAUCGAUGUCAACACAGCAAUGCCAGCCGAUGCAAUCAGGAACGCAAUCAACAAACAUCUUUCCAAGACCAGCAGUGAGGGCACAUUCUCUCUGUUCCAGAAACCUGUCAAAGACACUUGGUCAUCCGAGCUGUGGGUCCUGCCUCAGGAGCCAUCCGAGAUGAAGCUAUACCGUUUUGCUGAAGUCGAUGAUCCUUACGGCUGCGUGUCACUAUUUCGACUCUUGGAUGCCAAUACUGUGAAAAGGCAUGGACCCCAGCUCUUCGUCAUGGCUCACCUCAUCACACACGGCGAUGAAGCUCUUGUUACAGGCACAAUCUUUGAUCCUGCCAAACAGGAACAGGUAGCUCAGGAGGAGUCCUCACAGGAGGAGAGCGGUUACGACGAUCCGCCUCAUUUCAAGCAGGUGGACGGCUUGGCGUAUGUAGAAGCCGACGAGGAGGAACGGGAUCGGAUCCUUCGUCGACCGACAGCUACUGCUGACAGGCCGAAGCUUCUCCCGAGCAAACGACUGCUUCUCGGACCAGACCAGCUCGAAAAAGGAGCGCUAUCACUAUUCCUCACAUCGAUGGAGACAAGCUCGACAACACAGGCAGAAGUCAGUCUGGUAGUCGGUCUACCAAUCGGCCAGGUCGAAAUGGCAUCGCGAUCAGAACAAGACACCUUCAUGACCAUGAGCCAAGCGCUGAAUCUAGCGAUGCUGGGUCGACGCCAGAUAGCGAAGAGACUGACGAUUCGGACGACCAGUAGAUCAGAUGAUGUCAUGGAUAUGAAGGCAGCCGAGGACAUGACCUUCAGUCAUCCCGAUUUGACCAUGAGUGUUCAGAUUCAUACCUACCAUCAGAGAGCACCAUCAUGA